UGAACGUCUGGGUCUUCAAUUAUCAAAGAAAAAAGAAAGUGAAGGAGGGCGGCAUCUCGCCAACUACCUGGAAACCUGCAAGGCUGUACUGGACCUCCUCUAAAGAUAUAAGAUUCCUGCUGAUAUCCUGACAUGAAGCUCAAUUUACUUGGCACCACCGUGAUUCUGCUUGUUGCCUUCUUACCGCGCUACGAAUGUCGGGCUAUUGAGAGCCCUGGCGGUGCCCUGCGCGUCCCAGCUCCCCAAACCCAAAACUCCCAGCAGCAGCAACAGCAGCAGUCUGGCCCCAUCCUGGAGCGGCUUGGAGAGGAGUAUUUCAUCCGACUGGGCAACGGGGACUCUAACUCUUUCCCAUCAUCGUCCAUGUAUCCCGGCCGAUCACCUGCCAUCUACAACAGAGCAUUGCAACUCCAGCUGACGCGGCGUCUUUUACAAGGGAAAGUUGGGAACAUCAGGGCGCUCAUAAGCGGCUUCGGAGAGCGCGGAGAGGACGAGUCGAUGGAGAGAGGAAGGAGGUCCGAGGACCCGCCGAUAUCCCUGGAUCUGACCUUCCACCUGCUGCGGGAGAUGAUGGAGAUGUCCAGGGCGGAACAGCUGGCUCAGCAAGCGCAGAACAACAGAAGAAUGAUGGAGCUCUUCGGAAAAUGAAGACCUCUCUCCAGUCCGCCAAAGAUCUCCCUUCUCUUUCUUUUCUCUCUUCUUUUCUUUUUGCAUUUUUACCAUCAGCACAAAACAUGCUCUGUACAAUAUAGUGCUGCUUUAUCACUCUUAUUAUUUAGAGCUUCAACCUCAAACUAUGGAGCGUAUACAGGCUUGACUUAAAAUGAUCCGAUUGUACCUUGCCAUUUUGAUGUUGGUGUCAAAUCUGUAGAAUCACUCGUUCUUCAUAUUUGAGAUGAAAUACUUUUGGUUGAAAUACUGCAUUGACGAUUUUGUUUUAGAUUAUGAAUCCCUGUAUUUAUGAUAUUUAUGUUUGUUAAUAAACUUAUGUGCAACCAGUCAUUUUCUGUUGUGCAAGAGAACGUCUUAUAUCUAUAUUUUUAAAUAAAAAAUUAAAAGCAAUACUUACAUUUCUCUGUGGAUAUCCUUACAUAUAAUAAUAACUCCCAUGAAAAGUAACUGCCCCCACUUACCUUAAUACUAAUUUGAUUAACAUACACUUUCAUAAUGAUUGUUGACACAUAAUGUUACAUUGGAGAAAUUGAGGUUUGGAGAGAGCACAAAUGGCCACUGCAUCUUCAGUCUUGCCUACACAAAUAUUGAUUGAUAGUUUUUCUAACUGAAUAUAAAAACCUUAUGGUGUAACCAUGGCACUGCUCUGGAGCCAAGUCGUGGGUUAGCUCUGUGCCUCUUCUCUGACAGCAAGAACUGCAACAACAAAAAUUACAAAUUUUAAGGAUGCAGUAAGAGCGCCUGCAGUCACGCAGGUGAAGAGCAU